AUCAGUUGGCAUGUUGGGGAAAUUGUAAUUUAAAAUUGUGUUUCGGAAAUCUGUCUUUAAAAUUAUCUUUUAGUAAAAAAAUGCGGCACUUACAAUUAAUGAAAUAUGUAAACCCACGGUUUGCAAUCAACACGGUUAUUACCCAACGCUUAAUGUCAAAGUCUGAUGGAAAAUCUUCUGGCACAGGAUCAAAAGACGCGAAGUGUAAAGGUACUAAAGAUGCAAAAUCUUCAAAUGCAGCAAAGAAAUCUACUGAAGCAAAGGCCAAGGCUUCCGAUGCGGCAAAGAAAGCGACACCGCCUAAAGCGGCCAAGGAAACUAAAGUUACGCCGCCAAAGGACGAAACAGCCAUAGCCGGAGGAUCAAAAUGCCCGCCAAAAGUCCAACCUGUUGCAGAAACUAGUAAAAAUAAAAAGAAACUACAAUCGUGUGAUGAAUUGCUACUAGGUAAAAGUACUCGAAAGCAGAAGAAACCUCUAACAGCGAUCCAAGGAGGGGACCUUGGCUGUCCUGGCCGGACUGGAAAGAAACCACAAAUUGUUGCACAACACUCCAAGCUCUGGCAGAAAAUCUCGCUCUUCGGAGUCCUGCCGAUGAUAGCCAUUCUCACCCUUUUGGUUUUUAGCACUCGAUCGGAAGAGGAGCGUCUUGAGUUUAAGAACUAUGAGCAUAUGUACCGGCGGACGAAGCGAUACUGGUUUAAGGAUGGAAACCGUACCGCUUUUCACAAUAGUCACUUUAAUGCUUUGCCUCCAGCCGGAUAUGAGGACGAAGUGGACGAGAGUGGGAUUGGACAGGAUCCGGAGACGGACAAGGACAAGAAGGCUCGAAUGAAAGAAUUCGACAAGGUCGUCAAGAAUUGGCGCAAACACUCGUCUAAAAGGGAUGCGCAGCUCAAAAAGGAGGCAGCCGCUGCUGAAAAAGAGGCUAGAAAACAAGAAGCACAAUAAGCAAUGCGGAUUUUCGCCUUUGGAAGCUUUGGCAGCACUUCAACCUCAACAAUUUCUAUGUGCAGGUCAGCACGGAGAGCUCGCUGAGGGACCUGCAGCAUGUCGAUGCCCUGGAUGAACAUAAGGACGCUCCACCGCCGAAGAGUUUCCACGCCAACAACUCCACCCACUGGGAGACGUCCUUCCUGCUCCCCGCAUUGCCAUACAAAAUGGGCAUCCUGCUGCUGGAGUUCAGCAGCGAGUGCGCCUUAAAUCUACUCCGCUGGUCUGCGGCCUCGGAACAUAAUUACUUCACCACCAACCGGUUCUGGCUGCUCCUCACCGAAGAUCCAGGCGAUAUCGAUUUACUCGAGGAUCCGGAAAUAUUCAUUCCCCCGGAUAGUGAGUUGCGGGUCCUUCAUUAUGAAAACGUUGGCAACUUCUCUUGCAGUUUAAUCGAUCUAUACAAGGUAGCUGCUUGGAAGCCUUUGAAAAGAACCUUGGUGGGGCACAACAUUCGAAAUUCGCGGCACGUCAUUCAUGCCCUGCAGCACUUUGGUUCGGCCAUAACUUAUAGACAGGAUCUGGAGGGCAUAGUAUUCAAUUCGGCCAUAGUAAUUGCCUUUCCGGAUCUAUUCACUAACAUUGAAGAUUUGUCGCUGAGGCAUAUUGACACUAUAUCGAAGGUUAAUCAUCGCUUAAUGCUGGAGCUGGCCAAUAGAUUGAAUAUGAGGAUCGAACACUUUCCAUUUCCAGCUACAAUACCUACCAAACAGUGAACUACGGAUGGCGACAACCAAAUGGAUCAUUCGAUGGUCUCAUGGGACGUUUUCAACGCUAUGAACUGGACUUGGCCCAGCUGGCGAUCUUCAUGAGAUUGGAUCGUAUUGCAUUGGUCGAUUUUGUGGCUGAGACUUAUCGAGUGAGAGCUGGGAUCAUGUUUCGGCAGCCACCUCUCUCGGCAGUGGCCAAUAUAUUCGCUAUGCCCUUUGAGAACGAUGUGUGGGUGUCCAUUUUGAUGCUACUGAUCAUCACGACCGUGGUCUUGGUUCUGGAACUCUUCUUUUCGCCACACAACCACGACAUGUCCUACAUGGAUACACUAAAUUUUGUUUGGGGUGCUAUGUGCCAGCAGGGUUUCUACGUAGAGGUGCGGAACCGAUCGGCGAGAAUCAUUGUCUUCACCACAUUUGUUGCAGCUCUCUUCUUGUUCACCUCGUUUUCGGCCAAUAUUGUGGCCCUGCUGCAAAGUCCGUCGGAUGCUAUCCAGUCAUUGUCUGAUCUGGGACAAUCGCCUCUAGAAAUCGGAGUUCAGGACACGCAAUAUAAUAAAAUAUACUUCACCGAGUCCACAGAUCCCGUAACGAAGAAUCUUUACCACAAAAAGAUCGCGUCCAAAGGUGAAAAUAUCUAUAUGCGCCCCUUGCUAGGAAUGGAGAAAAUGCGAACCGGCUUAUUUGCAUACCAGGUUGAACUCCAGGCUGGUUACCAAAUCGUCAGCGACACCUUCAGCGAGCCGGAAAAGUGCGGAUUAAUGGAACUGGAGCCUUUUCAGCUGCCCAUGCUAGCUAUUCCAACAAGGAAAAACUUUCCUUACAAGGAGCUCAUUCGAAGGCAACUACGCUGGCAGCGAGAAGUAAGCUUGGUGAAUCGCGAGGAGCGAAAGUGGAUUCCUCAGAAGCCCAAAUGCGAGGGCGGAGUUGGCGGAUUUGUCUCCAUUGGCAUUACAGAAUGCCGGUAUGCUUUGGGGAUCUUUGGGUGUGGAGCUGCUGUCAGUUUUGUCCUGUUUCUUUUCGAGUUUAUCUUCAGACACUUCAAACAAGUUUAUCGCAUAAUUAAAGGCUAUAGAGAAGUGCAGCGCUAGGCUCCACGCGUUUAAUCCAAACACACUUAAAACUUAGAUGGGUAUGGAUAGCUCCCGGACAACAGCACGCAGCACCUCAGGUGUCUUGAACUGCCAGUUCUGGAUGUUCUUGCUGACCCGACACCAGGACUCGCCGUGCGUGGGCUCUGCAGAAAUGCACCGAUCGAGGACCUCCUGCUGCUGCGCCUCCGUGCCGUGGAGUAAUUCGAACUUGUAGAAAUAUGCCCAAGCAUCACCUAGAUCUGGAUCGAUCUUGACCUGAAAUAAACAAAUGAUUAGCUCUG